AUGGAUGAUGAUGUGCUGAAUAUGCCCAAUUGGGGUUACUAUGAACCCUUCAAGGGUGGGAAUCUCGGUCUGAAUCUGAUACCUGAUAUUAAUGAUCGAGAAACGAAACCGUUUUUUCCUGGUCGUGAUCCGGCUAUGUUAGUCGGUGCGAAUGGAACUUUUCACCCUCGUGAUACUGCUGUUGUUGAGCCUCCUGCUCAGUUGAACUAUGUCAGGGAUAAUUGGAUGAAUCCGAGACAUAGGUUUUAUAAUAUGCAGCUCACAAAUCCGAGUUAUGCUGCUGUUCUUCCCGAGACAUCGCAGGCACUCUCCAUGCCGUUUAUCCAACCACCACUGGGGGAUACAUCGAGAAAUGAGAAUGGGGAUGGCAUUGAGGAAUUAGCUGUUAAGAAGGAAGGAGGCAAGUCGAAGAAAAGGAAAUCGAAGGGUGCUCUUGCCGUUCCAAAAGCUAAAAAACCCAAGAAGGCAAAGGAGAACGGCGAUGAUUCAGCUCAGGGUGUGAAGCCACCGAAGAAGACUGUGGCACUUGAAAUAAAUGGAAUUGAAAUGGAUAUUUCUGGUCUACCUGUUCCUGUUUGUUCAUGCACCGGGAAGCCUCAGCAGAGUUAUCGGUGGGGCUGUGGAGGUUGGCAAUCAGCUUGCUGUACCACAAAUGUGUCAAUCUAUCCUUUGCCGAUGAGCGUCAAAAGGCGUGGCGCAAGGAUAGCUGGGAGGAAAAUGAGCCAAGGAGCUUUCAAAAAGGUUUUAGAAAAGCUUGCAGCUGAAGGUUAUAAUUUUGCUAACCCUAUUGAUUUGAAGACUCAUUGGGCUAGACAUGGCACCAACAAGUUUGUCACUAUCAGAUAG